UGUACAUAGUGUAAUGUCAAUGCAUGACACUAGUGUAGUCCACCGAGGACGUCAUCGAUUCGAUCGCGCAAUCACGUGAAAUUGGAGGGUUGUCACUGGCUUUGUGUGAAAAGUUCGAUGCGAGCAACUCCAGUGACUGCCAGUUGCAAUCUCAUAUGAGACCGGCGACAUGAAUCUCUCUGGCCGUGUUCCCGGAUGAGCGUAUGUUCUCGUUGCUGGAAAUGACAACCAUGAAUCGCGAACUGGUAUCGGAACCUAUCCCCCUCAUUCCAUCCUACCAGUUCCGCCUAAUCUCAAGAAUGCGAAUUGCGCUUAUGAGCUGGGUCAAGCCUUCGCAAAUGACGUACUGGUAUGCUGUAUCAGCAACCGGCUACCGGCAUGACCACCACAAGAAUUUGUCGGUCCGAGUUGGGGUAGUUCACACUCGCCGACAAUCAAUAGUCGGCCUCCAAAGUUUGCACUAUGGCAUUCUGGCCUUGUCCUCGAGGCAACGCAUCGAAUACAUGGCGCUCCAUUGCAGUCAUGAAACAGUCACUGAAGGACUGUCCGGCCCAACGAUCCAGAACUGAGUGUUGAAUGUUAUCCAGUAAUCUAGGCAAUCGACGUCGUGCGGCCCACUGUCUCACGGGUAACGAACACGUCGUA